GUGUAGCUGCUCUGGAUGUGGUUCUGGUUUUCCUGAAAAUGGACAGAUUCUCUAUCACCACUGCUACAACGACCAACGCUUCGACCUUGCGAUUCUCUAUUCCUUUCCCUCAUAAACAACUUAGAAAAUUUGGAGUUUUUGCUGCUAAAGAUGACAAUAAACUUGGCAAUUGGGAUCAAAUGGAGCGUAAGUUUGGUAAAUUAAUCGGUGAAAACCCCAAACUUACCCUCGCCAAGAUAAAAGAUAGCAAAUUGAACCCAGAACAAGACAAAGGAAAGAGGCCUAAAGAUCUACUUGCAAAGGCUCCGAACACUACUAAGCAUAGCAUACCAAAUGUUGUUUUAUGGAAGGCAGCUACUUUGGAAGAGGAUGAUGUUGGGGCAAAGUUGUCGUCGAGGUUGUCUUUCAAACCUAAUUUAUCUCUGAAAAUGGGUAAAGAAGAGGGCAAGGAACGGUUUAGUGAUUUGAUAUUGGUGAGGAAUCCUGAACCUUUAAUAAAAAUUAACGACGAAGAAUCCACAAUUAAUAUUGAAGAGAGUACAUGCCAAACUGAAAAAGAUGUUUUUGUUCUACAAGAGCUUGGGAACGCAGAGGAUCAAGCUUCUGGAGAUCACAGUCGAUCAAGAUCUGAACUUUAUGACACAGACAAUAGUUCAAGAAAUCUUGACUUAACUUUUGAGAUGGAGAAUGUGGCAGUAAUCAAUCUUGACCCAUCACAGGAAAAUGAGGAAUUUUCAAACUUACAAGAAGAUGGUGGUCAUGAGAAUGAUCUUUUAACAGGAUCACAGCCUUCUGAGCACCGGGAUAUAGUGUCUGCUGAGGAAAGUUCAGCUUCUAAUAUAGCAGCUGAUUCAGUCUCAAAACUAUCUCCGGAUGCUACCUUGCAAACACCACCUAAAAGAUUAGAUCAACCUGCGAAAGAGGUGUCAAACAUCGGGGAAAGGAUUACUAGGAUCGAGAAUCUGAUACCAAAUUCUUAUUACACAAGUGAAAACUUUCCUUCAAUACCGCACUUGAAGGACCGUGAAGAUACAGACUGGAAAAGGGCUGAAGAUCUGAUUAAGACUACAGGAAGAGAAGAAGUGGAACUGAUAAGUUCUAGCAACCGAGGAUUUGUUGCUUCUUUUGGCUCUUUAAUAGGGUUUUUGCCAUAUCGAAAUCUUGCCACCAAGUGGAAGUUUUUAGCUUUUGAGUCUUGGUUGAGGAUGAAAGGCUUGGAUCCCGCUACAUAUAGAAAGAAUUUAGGCAUUAUCGGAAGCUAUGAUGCUAAAAGCAAGACAACUUCUCCUAAUCCAACCGUAGACCGUGAAAAGAUCGAGGAAGAACUAUCGCCCAAUAUGAAACUUGAAGAUCUUCUUGCGAUUUAUGACCAAGAAAAACUGCAAUACUUGUCAACUUUUGUUGGUCAGAAAAUCAAAGUGAAUGUGAUCUUGGCUGACAGAGAAUCUAGGAAGUUAAUAUUUUCUGUGAAGCCGAAGGAGAAGGAAGAAUCAAUCGAGAGAAAGAGAAGCCUCAUGACUAAGCUUAAAGUUGGAGAUAUAGUAACAUGUUGCAUCAGAAAGAUUUCUUAUUUUGGUAUUUUUGUUGAGAUUGAAAGAGUACCCGCAUUGAUCCACCAGACAGAAGUAUCGUGGGAUGCCACUUUAAACCCCACAUCAUCUUUCAAAAUUGGCCAGGUGGUGGAAGCAAAGGUUCAUCAGUUAGAUUUUGCACUUGAGCGAAUAUCCUUGUCUUUGAAGGAAAUAACGCCAGAUCCGUUGACGGAGGCUUUGGAAGCUGUUCUUGAUGAUCAUGCUGUAUUGGAUGGUACAUCAGAAGCAGACCAGCCUGAAAACGAGUGGGACGAUCUUGAAUUACUUGUCGAAGAACUUCAGCAAUACGAGGGUAUUGAUUUAGUAACAAAAGGCCGGUUUUUCUUGAGCCCGUGUUUGACUCCAACAUUUCAGGUUUAUAUGGCAUCCAUGUUCAAGAAUCAGUACAAAUUGCUUGCUCGAGCCGGAAAUAAAGUACAGGAGGUGGUGGUGCAGACAUCGCUAGGUACAGAGGAGAUGAAGCAUGCAAUUCUAAUAUGCAGUAGAAGAGUCGAAUAAACUCCUCUUAUGAUCAAUUAGUUCCUGUAUAGCUGGUUUGAUCAUCGUCGAGCCACCAAGGUCGGUGCAGGUGAACCAUGGUCUCAGUGGCAGAGGUGCACCCCUCAGGUCCCAGGUUCCAGCCAUUACAGAACUCUUGAGCAAUGAGUCAAGAAAAGGAACCAUUUUUGUAACCUGAAGUGGUGCUUAGAUGAGUUUGUAAAGUGGCAGACAGAGUUUGAGGUGUUUAAUUUAAUCUUCAAAAAGAAUUCAAGUAAAACUGUGAAAUUGAAUCAUCCCUUGGUCCCAAAAUAGAUUGUUCAUAUUUCUAUGUAGUUUGUUUUAA